GGUGAGAGCGUGACUCAGGGCAUUGGUGUCUCGCAGCCCGGGCAGCCGCAGGCAGAGCGCGGACAGGGGCGUCCGGAGGCACCCCAGGGAGAGCCGGGUUAUGGUGGCACCGGGCUGAGCGCCGGGACGCAGCGAGGCGGCAGCGGGGGCCGAGCCCGGAGCCAUGGAGGGGCCCGGCCAGGAGGCCUACGAGGAGGGGAUGAGGAGGACCCUCGACCCUGAGGGCUACGAGGAUCCCGGCCUAAAGGACUCCCGCCUGUCGCUGGGGGAGAUGAGCAGGGCCGGCGCUGGCAUCGGGUCCCCCCUGCGCGCGUGGAGGGCCAGAGCCGAGGAGCUGACGCCCCUGCGCCAGUAUCUGCCCGGCCGCCGGGGAUGUUAUGACCUGCACGGGAAGAGGCGCGCGGCCGGGGCCCCCCCGGGACAGCCCCCCCGCCGGGGCGGAGGGCAGCCUGAGUCAGUGACCGAUGUGGACCCGGAGGCGUCGGGGAGCAGGAGGCUCCUGUCCCAGGACAUCCAUGAGGGCUACGUGGAGCUCCACGAGCUGGUCAUGGACAGCUCGAAGGACUUGUGCUGGAUGGAGGCCGGCCACUGGCUCCAGCUGGAGGAGGAUUUCCAGGAAUCGGGGCAGUGGAGCCAGCCCCAUCUCUCCUUCCUGACCUACCGCAACCUCCUGGAGAUCCGACGGGCUUUGAACAAAGGUGCCAUUCUCCUCGAUGUGGCAGCCAACUCAAUGGCAGCCAUCGUCAACGUCCUCAUCGACCAGAUGAUCUACGAGGGGCAGUGGAAGCCACAGGACCGGGAGGACAUCAUGAGGACACUGCUCCUGCGGCACAGCCACCCCAGUGAGGGGGAGUCGGUGUGGACGCUGCCGCCGGCGCUGCUGCAGCGCUCGGGCACCCGCCGGGACGAUGUGGAGCAGCCACUGAUGAGGGAACAGCAGCCCAUGGAAAUGAGCAAGCUGUCAGGGACUGAGCCGAGUGGGGCCUCCAAACCCCAACUCCAAGAGAAGAUCCCCAAGGAUGCUGAGGCCACCCUGGUCCUCGUGGGCUGUGCAGCCUUCCUGGAGCAGCCAACGCUGGCCUUUGUGCGCCUGAAGGACGCGGUGACACUGGACGGUGUCCUGGACGUGCCCCUCCCCGUCCGCUUCCUCCUCGUGGUGCUGGGCCCCGACAGCCCCAACAUCAGCUACCAUGAGAUCGGCCGUGCCAUCGCCACCAUGAUGUCCGAGAGGGUGUUUCGCCGGGAUGCCUACCUGGCCGAGGGCCGGCAGGACCUGGUGCGGGCGGUGGAGGAGUUCCUGGAGGCCAGCAUUGUCCUGCCUCCCACCGAGACCCCCAACGAGCAGCUGCUCCGCGCCCUGGUCCCGCUGCAGCGCGAACUCCUCCGCCGCCGCUACCAACCCCCCGAGAAAACACCCAGCGAGGGCUUCCUGAAAGACCAGGGGCUGGAUGCGCCGGCACCGGAGGACGACGACCCCCUGCGCAGGACGGGGCGGCCCUUUGGGGGGCUGGUGCGGGACAUCUGCCGCCGGUACCCCAAAUAUCUCAGUGACAUCAAGGACGCCCUCAGCCCCCAGUGCCUGGCCGCUGUCAUCUUCAUCUACUUUGCGGCGCUGUCACCUGCUGUCACCUUCGGAGGCUUGCUGGGUGAGAAGACCAAGGGCAUGAUGGGGGUGUCGGAGCUGCUCAUCUCCACCUGCGUGCAGUGUGUGCUCUUCAGCCUCCUCGGUGCCCAGCCCCUCCUUGUCAUUGGAUUCUCAGGACCCCUCCUCGUCUUCGAGGAAGCCUUCUAUGGGUUCUGCAGCAGCAAUGGCUUGGAAUACAUCGUGGGCCGGGUCUGGAUUGGCUUCUGGAUGAUCCUGCUGGUGCUGGUGGUGGUGGCCUUCGAGGGCAGUUUCCUGGUGCGCUUCCUGUCCCGCUACACCCAGGAGAUCUUCUCCUUCCUCAUCUCCCUCAUUUUCAUCUUCGAGACCUUCUCCAAGCUGGUCACGAUUUUCAAGCAACACCCUCUGAAGCGGGAGUACAGCGUGAAGGCUGACUAUGACCCCUCAGAGCCAGAGCCCAACACGGCCCUGCUGUCCCUCAUCCUCAUGGCUGGCACCUUCUUCCUGGCCUUCUUCCUCCGCAAGUUCAAGAACAGCGCCUUCCUGCCGGGCAAGGUCCGGCGCUUGAUCGGGGACUUUGGGGUGCCCAUUUCCAUCUUCAUCAUGGCCCUGGCCGACUUCUUCAUCAAGGACACGUACACACAGAAACUGAGCGUCCCUAAGGGGCUGGAGGUCACCAACUCGACCGCCCGGGGCUGGUUCAUCAACCCCAUGGGGCUGCACGAAAAAUUCCCCAUCUGGAUGAUGUUCGCCUCCGUGGUGCCCGCCCUCCUGGUCUUCAUCCUCAUCUUCCUCGAGACGCAGAUCACCACCCUCAUCGUCAGCAAACCCGAGAGGAAGCUGGUGAAGGGCAGCGGCUUCCACCUGGACCUGCUGCUGAUCGUGGCCAUGGGGGGGCUGGCGGCCCUUUUCGGGAUGCCCUGGCUCAGUGCCACCACCGUGCGCACCAUCACCCACGCCAACGCCCUCACCGUCAUGAGCAAGGCCUCCUCUCCCGGAGAGAAAUCCCAGAUCCUGGAGGUCAAGGAGCAGCGCAUCAGCAGCUUGCUGGUGGCCGUGCUCAUCGGCGUCUCCAUCCUCAUGGAGCCCAUCCUGAAGUACAUCCCGCUGGCCGUGCUCUUCGGCAUCUUCCUCUACAUGGGGGUCACCUCCCUCUUUGGCAUCCAGCUCUUCGACCGCAUCCUGCUCCUGCUGAUGCCCCCCAAGUACCACCCUGACGAGCCCUAUGUCACCAGGGUGAAGACUUGGCGGAUGCACCUCUUCACCUUCACCCAGAUCAUCGUCCUUGUGCUGCUGUGGGUGGUGAAGUCCACCCCGGCCUCGCUGGCGCUGCCCUUCGUCCUCAUCCUCACCGUGCCCCUGCGGCGCUUCCUGCUCCCCAGGAUCUUCCAGGACAUCGAGCUCAAAUGUCUGGACGCAGAUGAUGCCGUGGUGACCUUCGAGGAGGAGGAGGGGACAGACGUGUACAAUGAGGUGCAGAUGCCCAGUUAAGGGCUGGACCCCCGGCCCCCCAACGCCCCCCCAGCCCCCCCCAUGCUUCUAUCACCACUGCUGCCACCCCGGGGCCGCUGGGCAAUGGAGGAUUUGGGGACACUGUCCCCACCUGCACACCCCAGGAAUGGAAAUAUUUUUUAGUUGUUUUUCCCUUUUUUUGAUCUAUUUUUUUAAAUAUUUUGGAUGGUGUGAUCUCACCCACACUCUGCUGCCUGCUGGGGAAGGGGCUGCCCGGGCUCGGGGGGUUCCACGGGCCACCCCCAACCCCGUGGCAAGGUGGGAUGUGUCACCAUCCCAUCCCUGAGGCCACCAGCGGGCACUGGGCAUGGGAAGGAGCUGGAGGAAGCUCCCAGCCCCCGGGGACACCCCCAGCCUGGCCCCUCUUCCCCGGAUGAACAUUCCAGUGAGCUGGGAAAGACCCUUCACCCCACGGAGCCCUUCUCCCACUUUCUCCAUCGUUUGCUCCAGUGGGAUCAUCCCAGCUGCUCCGCUGAGCUUCCAGCACCUCCCAGAGUUGGGAUGUAAAUAGUCCAGUGAGGGAGUUUACAUAUUUAGAACGAAAAUAAUCAUGCUAAAAACAGCCAAAAAAUUACUUAUAAUUAUGCCGAUGCUUCCGCAGGUAGGAUUCACUCAUAGCCAAGCAAAAAUUCCCCCAAAAAAAGGAUGAAAAAGCACCUUAAAAAUGAAAAAAAAUUGAGGAAAAUAGAAAAAAAAAAAAAAAGCAGCUGCAAGGAGUGAUCUGUAUAUUUGAUGCUACUGGGGGGGGUUUGUAAUUUAUUUUUAGGGCUGGUUGUGCCCCUGCUGCAGCAGGGCCGUGUGUGUGUGUAUAUAUACUAGAGAAUUAUAUCAAAAUUCAGAAUUUUCUAUAAAAGAUGAUUUUUAAGGAUCCUGGUCAGGGCCUAAACUCUAAGGACCAGUCUGUCAGUCUCACUCCAUUCAUGAAUUAGUGUUAGUUAGUUAAUUAGUCCUCUUUAUUUUUAUAGCGUUCCGGGUAAAUCUGUGUAGUUUUUCCUCGAUUUUUCCCUUGCUUGCUGACCAUGUCUUGCCCUGUUUCUGCUGGGAUUGCUCCCAGUCCAGCUGAGCAUCCCCCUGAUCCUGCCAAGGCUCGUUCUGCCCUGAUCAUCCUGAAGGACUGGAUCCAGCCAGGGCACAGAACACCAGAUCAGGCUCAAAAUUUGCUCAUUUUUGCUCAUUUUUGACCCCAAAAUCAGCGGGGGGGGGGAGGGGGUGGGAGAGUAGGGGGGUGGGAGUGGGUGGCCACACCCAGGGCCUUGUGUUUGGGGUUGGUUUAGUUUUAUUAAUUAUAUGUCUGAAAUGAAGAAAUGUUUCGAUCUUUGGGGUUUCCUCCUUCCCUUCCCCCUACCUCUGUAUCAGGCUUUAAUAAAGAAAUUAAUAAAAUCAGAAAGGAAA